GAAGUUCACUGCAACAAAUCAAAGCAGAUAAACCAGAAUCUCGAUUUUGUGUUCCCUAUCUUAGGUUAUCGAGCUCCUCAACUGGACUUCGACCCGAUCUUUAUAAUAUGGUGCACAAAGUUGACUUACAGAUUUUUGUAACGCAGAACUAUCUUCGCUUCUGAUGACUUUUGAAUCAUUAACCAUUGAUCGAAUCAUUCUCCCCCUCACAAUCUAAUUCAUCCUGAUUUCAAUAAUCAGUCAUUUCAUUUCAUUUGAGGGCAGCAGUAUCAACACCUCAGAUAUUCCUCAGAUAUUCACAAAAGCAUCCAUUUCAAUGUCUUCCUCCUCACCCUCACCCCCACCCUCAGACUACCGCCCAAAAUUCUUCACCAAGAAAUGGACCAUUACCAUCCCGUCAAACCCAACUGUCAGAUUCUCCCGCGCAACACCAUCUCACUUUGAUGCCUGGCUCCCCAUUGCGACAAACGCCGAUAACAACAAAUUGCAAGACAGCAAAGACCAAGUCUGGGAUGAGGUUGCUAUCUCGAAAUGGAAAGACCGCAUGCACGAUCAAUACGUCAAGUCUAAUACGGACUUUCAUUGCUUAAAGGUCCUGAUUGAAGUUGAUGGACAAGUUAUGGGGUUUGGAGAUAUCUUUGUGAUCAGGCCAGGAAUCGCAAACAUCGGCGUGGUUCUGAAUGAAGAGGUGAGGGGCAAGGGAUUGGGAAAAUUAACGACUAGUGUUUUGACUCAGUUGGCUCUCAAUUUUGGUCUCCAAGCUGUCGCUGGAACAAUGAGGGAUAAUGAACCAAUGCGCUCGACGUUGAGAAAUCUAGGAUUUGUGGAAGAGGAGAAAAUCAUAGAGCUCGAAGGUCGUGGAAUAGUGGCGGAAUUUUCUUAUACGCUUUCGCGGGAAGGAUGGAAGGAUAUUGAUUUGAGUGUGGAGUUUGAAGAGUGACUUAGUACAUCAGGUACACCAAAUGAAAGUAUCUACGGACGAUGAAUUUAUCUCUAAAAUGGCUAUUUUCCACAUCGAUCCAGUACUCACCCA